AUGUCUGAUCCACUACCAGAAAUGCUCUAUCGCCACCUUGGCAGAACGGGUUUAAAAGUCAGCGUGAUAUCUCUGGGAAGUUGGCUCACAUAUGGCGGCCAUGUCGGGAAUGAAACCGCUUUCAAUUGCAUGAAGGCUGCAUAUGAUGCUGGUGUCAACUUCUUCGAUACUGCAGAGGCCUACUCCGCCGGACAAGGCGAGGUAGUGCUCGGAGAGGCAAUCAAGAAGUUUGGCUGGAAUCAGAAUGACUUAGUCAUCUCUACUAAGAUCUACUGGGGCAGGGCAAAUGCUGCCAACCCUGAUAAGCCACUGAACAACAACGGCCUCUCGCGAAAGCAUAUCAUCGAGGGAAUGAACGCUUCUCUCAAGCGAUUGGACCUGCCAUACGUGGACAUUGUCUACGCACACCGUCCUGACCGCGAUACGCCGAUGGAAGAGACUGUUCGUGCAUUCAAUUAUCUUAUUGACACUGGGAAGACUUUCUACUGGGGCACAUCCGAGUGGUCAGCCAGUGAGAUAUCAGACGCAUGGCGCAUCGCUGACAGACUAGGACUUGUGGGUCCUGCCGUCGAACAACCGCAGUACAACCUCCUCGUACGCGAGCGUGUUGAGAAGGAGUACCGCUGGUUGUAUGAGGCUCAUGGCCUUGGUUUGACCGUCUGGUCCCCUCUCAAAGGUGGCGUCUUGACUGGCAAAUACAACGAUGUAACUGCUCCACCACCCGGUUCGCGUCUGGCGGAGUCAGAAGAUCGCUAUGUUAAGAAUUUGCGCACCACAAUCAACGAUGAUUCCUGGGCCGAGAACUUGAAAAAGGCUGCUGCGCUGAAACCUAUUGCUGAAAAGCUGGGUGUCUCAACUGCACAGUUGGCUUUGGCUUGGGUUCUGAAGAAUCCUAAUAUCUCUUCAAUGAUCACUGGUGCUUCGCGGCCUGAGCAGGUACUUGAUAAUGUACGUUCUUUGGCUGUGGUGGAUAAGUUGACCGAUGAGGUUAUUGAGGAGAUCGAGGCUGCCGUUGGUAACCAGCCUGCUGUUGAGCUGCGGAGGUUUUAA